GCGCAAAUUAUGUGCACAAAACGUAAGAACCACAACAUUUUUUAUGCGUGUUUCAUUGUUUACACGACGGUUUUCCUCGCCAGAUAUCGUAAAUGAACUCGUCAUUAUUGCUACUAAACACCGAAAGGUUAUUCUAAAGCAUGAUGUUGCAAAGUAAAUGAAUUACAAUAUGGAUGAGAGAGGUCCCAAUCGCAUUGCAGAUUACUGUGUUUUGGCUGGACUCAAAGAUACUUCCAGCUUGUUGGAAUAUGACCUACAAAAUGAGAGCGGUUUAAAAGUGUCCAAGCCCAAAGACCCUGUAGUGGAUAUUGCAGUUGUUAUCAAAAGUCAAGGCGAACGAGUUCCACAAGGUUUUGAAUGUGUGGAGACAACCCCAACAGGGUUUUCUGCUGACUUGAAUCAUGGUAGUCUACGCAGUCCAGCCGUCUAUCUUUGUUUUCGUCGUGGCACAGACAAACCACCUCUUACUGAUAUUGGUAUUUUAUACGAAGGUAAAGAGCGAGUGAUGCCAGGUUGUGAGAUCGUGAGCACAACGCCAUGUGGUCGCCCCGCUAAUGUCAACAAUAGAACAGGGAUGGGCAACCAACGAAUUUAUAUAACAUACAGAAGAUCAUCAGAGACGGCUGCUCAUAACUCUCUAGCAGUUACUGAUAUCUGUGUUAUACUUACUAAUAAGAAUGAGAUGCCGCCACACGCAUUCUGUAUGAUAGAUAAGAAUUUGAACAAAGGCAUGACAGGUUCUGAUGUCUACUUGUGUUAUAAGAAAUCCAUGACACGCGCCAACGCAAUAUAUUACAAAGCAGGCAUUUUAAGUCGAUAUCCAGAGGAAGAUAACCAAAACUUCUCAUUGCCAGAAGAGGUUCCAUUGUUUUGUCUGCCUAUGGGAGCCACUAUAGAGUGCUGGAAAGCUAAAAGAAUGCGUCCACUGCCAGUCUUUUCUACAUUUGUUCUCACAGAUGCUAAAGGAGUUAAGGUAUAUGGUGCUGCAGUUACUUUUUAUGAAGCGUAUUCUGAAGAUUUACUGACUGAUGAGCAACGACAGAAGCUGGGCAUGCAACCGAAGGGCAAAGAAGAUCCCUACAAACUGUUACGAACCCUCCAUACCAAUAAAUGUAUUUGUUUGUUAUCGCAGUGGCCAUUCUUUGAGGCAUUUAAAAAAUUCUUAUCCUAUUUAUAUAGGUUAUCAGUAUCUGGACCCCAUUUGGUACCAAUUGAAAGGCAUAUUUCACAUUUUAUGUAUGAAAUACCAUUUCCAACACAAGAAAGACCCAGAAUAAUGUUACCACUUGCACAUGAUGCACUCUAUUUGACCCAGCCGCAAACCUCUCCAUUACCGCUCAGUGGCGCAUCGUUUACAGCUCUUCUAAGGAACUUGGGUCCUGAAAACUGUCUGACUUUAUUAGUAUUUGCUGUCACUGAACAAAAAAUAUUGUUGCACUCACUUCGUCCAGCAGUAUUGACAAGUGUUGCCGAAGCUGUUUCUACAAUGAUAUUUCCUUUUACAUGGCAAUGUCCACACAUACCACUGUGUCCGCUUGGCCUGUCUGAUGUCCUCAGUGCACCAUUACCGUUCAUUGUGGGCAUGGAUUCCCGGUACUUUGAUAUGUAUGAGCCACCUGCAGAUGUUGUAUGUGUAGAUCUAGAUACAAAUACAAUAUCACAAAAUGAUGAGAGGAAGUUCAUGAGCUCAAAGAUGUUACCUAAGAGACCAGCUAAGCAAUUAAAGAAUACGUUAACUCGUCUUGCCACUGAGAUUUACACCAAUCCUGUGUAUAGCGAGAAUGUUGAUGACUUAGCAGUGGAAAUGGCACCAUUACAUCACGAUUUCACGAAAAAACGAAAACAGCUUUCCAUGGAACUUUCCAUCCAGGAAGCUUUUCUUCGUUUUAUGGCUACGUUGUUUAAAGGAUAUAGACAGUAUUUACUACCAAUUACAGAUAAACCGACAGAACAGACGACGGACCCAAGUUCAUUAUUUGAUCUACAAGGAUUUUUGAAAAGUCGUGAUAGAGCUAACUAUAAACUGUUCAGCCAGCUGAUGAAAACUCAGUCGUUUAUACGAUUUAUAGAAGAAAGAUCGUUUGUGUCGAACAAUGAUGCAAGUUUAGCUUUUUUUGAUGAGUGUGCAGAGAAGGUGGAUGCUAAAUGUGAAAUAGAGACAAAACUGAUGGAAUUAGAAGAAUCUUUUGAAAGUGCAAGAACUGUGUUUGUUACACCACCGGAACCAAUUAAUAAUGAAAAAUACAGCUAUACGCAUUUUCCAGUACUGAAAAAGGAGUUGUUUUCACCGGCAAACAUGCAUACCUUGGCCAUUAGUAAGUCACUUAAAAGCACUGUUCCUAGUAGUCCCGUGGCAAGAAGAACCAAACAAGAAGCCAAGUUAUCUCAGAUUAGUGCUAAAGAAAAUGCAAAGAAUCCCAAACUGUGGGCAAAGUGUUUACUGGGGCUAUGUUUCAGCGCCUGGUUUAUACAUCUGCCAGCCUAUGUCAAGUCAACCCAUUCUAAAACUAAAGCUCUUCGAACUGCAUUUGAAGCACUGGUGAAAAUGGGUACAUGUAAAUUAGAGCCCCCUGAUGAGAUAUGUUACAGAGUACUAAUGCAACUCUGUGGACAGUAUGGCCUGCCAGUCUUAGCUGUCAAAGUGCUGUUUGAAAUGAAAAAAAGUGGAAUUCAACCAAAUGCAAUAACAUACGGUUUCUAUAACAGAGCUGUUUUGGAAAAUGAAUGGCCAGCUACUACUACUAGUGGCUAUAUACUGUGGACAAAGCUGCGUAAUGUUAUUUUGGCAGUAGCGCAGUUCCGCCGUUGUGUAAAAACCGACAUGGAUAAAAUCAGUUUGUGCAGCAGUGAGAGCAGUUAUGCAGAUGGCGUUGGAAGAACUAGCAGUGAAGAUAAUAAAGAAUUUGUCAAUGAUCUUGUUAAAUUAGAUUCACCGGUAGCAGUGGAGGACAAGUCGAGCACAGGUGGACACUCUGAUAUGGGUUAUAGUUCUAUGUCAAUUGACGAUGCCAGUCGUAGCAACAGCUUGACAACAAUGUCUCCGUCUUCACCGCAGAAAUCUACCAAUGAUGCCCUGGGUACUAAGACAAAGAAAAAAACGAGUAAAUCGAAUGUCGCUGUCACAGAGAGUGGACCAGUAGACAUGAACAGCUCUGAUAGUUUCAGGCCACGGGUCAGCAGUAUAGUUCGCAACUCUGUCGGCAGUUUUGGCAGUACCAGUAGCAUCGGAACAUUACGUGGCAGUACAAGCAGCACAUCAGGGUUGUUAUUAACAAGUCAGAAUUCCCUGGAGGAAAGCAGUGUGUUUGAUAGCACACCUGAAUCUAAUGAUGCUAAGGCCCGUAAAAGACACAAAAGUGCUGGAGAUCACAGCAGACUGUCCCGUAAAAUGUUGCGUAAUCGUAAUUUCAGCGGUGAUAGUACUGCCACACUGACGUUAAACUUAAGAGAUAAUAGUAGUUUUGAAAGUGAUCCUGGAAUGAUUAAAGCCGAUUCAUUUGGAAGUGAUGCACGCAUAAUUAAAGCACUCAGAAAGUCAGAUCCUAAACUGAAUUCUUCCCGACAAAAAAAGCAACGUUCGAAAAGAAAAACUAAAUUUGACUUGGGUGGUGAUGAUAUUGAUGAUGAUAUUGAUGCUGAUGAAGAGGAAGAUAAUGAGGAGGAGGAGGAGGAGGAGGAAGAAGAGGAAAUCACGCCGUCACAUAUUAGAAGGUGUAACUCAGAAGGUCAAAAGCCAAUGAGAUUGAGGAUUAUCAUGGAACGUGAUAAAAGACAAAAAGAGGAGCAAAUGAAGGCAAAAGAAAAGCGAACAGACAGUGACACUUCUGAACCUGAGACAAAACAGAAGUCUGAAAACGGCGAGAUGCCAAGGGUAGAUUCAACUUUAGACACAAUUCUGCUUGAAUUUGAUGAUUUGGCACCAACUAAAGAUAAAAGUGGGGAUUCAAGUGAUGGCACUGAAACAGAUGAAGGAAAAUUAAAUCCUGAUGAAGAUGAACGGUCAAGAAGCAGUUCUAUAUCUAUUCAGCAGAAACCAUUUCGAGAAGAAACUAACAUUCAGAUUAUUUCGUCAAGUUUUGAAGAACACACUGAUAGUAAGUGGCAGGCUGAUGAUCAGGAUAUACCACAUUCAUUGCCCAAUCCUACAUUUAUCCCAGAGAGCCCAUCAGAAAGGAUAGGUAUGAAAACUCCACCGCGAAACUUCAGUAGCCAUUUCCUACAAGGACUGAUACAACAGGUGACCAGUCCGCCAACAACAACAUGGUUCGGGAGCAGCCCAUUCAGUAAAAAAGGCAGUGAUGCUGGUGGGUCAACAUCAAAAUUAGACGCCAUCAAGGCAGCAGCCAGCGCCAUGGCAAAUAAAUUUGGAUAUGCUAAACAGAAAUCAACAUCGUCAACUGCAACAAAGUCGUCAACAUCUAGUAUUCCACAAGAUGUAGAAGAAACUGGCAGUCUUUUAUCAUUCAAAGAAGACUGUGAUUCCAAACAUGGUACGUGGGUACCCCAUAGUAAGAGUGACACUAAUCUAGUAGGCACUUUGUUAAUGGAUGAAUCACCUUCUACUUUUGCAGAUUUAGUUACAGGGAGUACACCAUCACUGAAUGCCCCCUUAGCUGACCAAUCGGAUGGGAGUAAUACCAAGCUGAAUGCCAGUACUCAGAGUCUUUUUACGUAUGCCAUGGAAGUAAAUAUUACAAGCUGUAUGCGAUGUAAUUCAUGUAGCUGUGUGUUGUACGAUGAAGCCAUCAUGUCAGGCUGGUCAGCGGAUGAUUCAAAUCUCAAUACUACGUGUUGUUAUUGUGGUUCCCUAUUUGUGCCAUUCCUGGACAUCACGAUGAAAGAUUUCAGAACCCCUGGGAUUGGGCGAGCUAUAAUAUCUCCUAGCCAAUCAGCAGAAAGUAUGUUGAGCAUACAAUCGGCACCAUCUGCUCAGCCACUCCCACCGCCACUAACCGGCGAUGAACAAUCAAGUGUUGAGAAUUUGAUGUUUCUGAAUGAGAACGAUGAAGAUGAAAUUGACGGAGACAAUAACGGUACUCCUAGUGAAGUGAAAUCAAAAGAAAAGAAUAGUCCAAGGCAAUUAAAGUAUGUCCGGAACAUUAGCAGCCCUGGUGAUUUACAUAUGUUGACACUGAUGGUGGUAGUCAUUCUAAAUCCGAACUCGGGUUCAGUAAGAUCUGCGCAUGAACGGCGGAGAUGCACCAGUGAGUGUUUAACAUCCGGGACGACCCAACCACUGAGAAUAAACGAUAAAAGACAUAGAUACAGUGCACCGCCUCAAGAUGGUUCAAUAGGAGGAGAUGAAGAGGUGUUAUCUUCCAGUAUUUCAUCCAGUAUACAAGGCUCACGAGAAUACUUGCCACCACAAAGGAAAUCCACCAAUCCUGACCCUGUAUCUGUGCCGUAUCUCAGUCCGCUGGUACUUCGCAAGGAGAUGGAAAAUGUUAUCGAUAACGAAGGUGACAUCUGCUUUCUUUCGUCUGACUUUGUAGAUGAACAUCCAAUCAUCUUUUGGAAUUUGGUUUGGGUUUUUAAAAGAGUGGAACUCACCAGUAAUUUACCAGGAUUACUGUUGUCAGCUAACAGCAUUAAUAAAGAGCAUCACAUUCAAUCAAGUAACCAGUGGUUGUCUCGUGACAGUCGACACGUCUUGAUCAAUGCUUUGUGGGAUAAUCCCAAAUAUCAAGAAUCCAGACCACCAAUGUACACUGUGUGGAAUGCAAUACAGCAAGGAUCUUCUGUAGAUACACUUAUCAAUGAACAACAUGCAUUUUCUGGAAAAUUUAUGCAGUCUAUCGUGCAGGCCAUCCAAGGCAAUGAUGUAGGGACACCGAUACGGUGGUUGUUAGAGCAAUACAGGAAACGUCAACCUGAUAAAAGACAUCGUAGCAUUUACAGAGAUAUAUUAUUUUUAGCAUUAAUUGCUUGUGGUCGUCAAAACAUAGAUGUUGAUGCUUUCGAUCGUGAGUACGACAUAGCAUUCGAUAAAUUACUUGCAGAGUACUGGGGACCAAGUCAGUUGGAACACUUGCAAGAAGAUGACAAGCCUCCCAACGAUGCGAUGUUCUGGUGUCGUAAAAUUUUUGGAGAAGUUGCUGAAUUAAGUCUUUAAAUAACCCGUUUGUCUGGAGUCCCGUUGUCUUUCCGCUGUCUGUGUAUUUUUGACAGCUAGUUUGUGGAGGAUAGUUGGUUGUACAGUUGCAUGCCAUACAUCUUUGUGGAAUAUUUAGAGACUCAUGAAGUGUGAUGUAAUGUUGCCUUAUACGACCAGCCUGCUCCAGUUAUUAUGUACAUGCUAAUGACAGUUAGGUACCAAGUAAAGGUACUGUAAUAGACGCUAACAAUCCAUGCUGGUUUCAACUUUCAUUCAUGUGUGGAGAAAUUUAUUUUUAAUUUUUUGUCUUUGUACACAAAUAAAACAAAAACUAGUGACUUUACUUUUACAGUGCAUUGUGGGAGAUAUGCAAAAUAAGCUACAUGUAUAGAAUCAUGAUCUUGAAUCUUUUAUAUAGCUCAGAUCUAGGGUCUGUAGAAUAUUUAAUAAU